AUGGACAUCCGGUCAUACAAAAACUCCUUCAAGCCCAGCAAAUGCCUGCUUUGCAACGGCGGAAAUGUGAUGCUGAAAGAAACAAUCCUUGUCAGAUGCUGCUACAACAAAUUCCACACGCAUUGUCUCUUCCGGUAUAUCGCUAAGCUGCAAGUCCAACGCAUUGUGGAAGGCGACUUGUCUCGAGACCAGGCCAUGGAGCUACCUCGAGGUAUGGGCUGUCCCCUACUGGCGUGCGACCAGGAAUUCGAAAUUCGACAUCUCCAGCGUUGGAAGAACGACUUUGGGGUGGUCUGGGCCAGAAUAUUUGAAAGACAGGUACUUGUGGCGGUCGAAGUCUCGACUAGGUCACGUGACAACAGAGAUCCUAAUGUCAACACGAUCGAGGAUCAAGCCCCUUGGCCUAGCAGCGAGACGAAAUUGCCAGGGUACCACGACGACGAUUCACCUCCGCCAUAUCCAGAGUGA